AUGAAAAGAAUUGUUUCUACUCGGGAGAGGCUGUCCUCGGCCUGGCUUAAUCGCCCACGAUGGAGCUCUAUAGAGUCAAUUACACUCUACGCGACCCAUGGAUCCUCCGUCCUCCGUCACCCCGGGCACUCGCGACAUAUAUCCUCCCAACGCGUAUCCAGAGCUCAGCAUUGGAGGGCGGGAAUCCCACCAGACCACGCUCUAUCUGACCAAAAGCUCAAGUACGAUGAUGGCACCGCCCAGGCGUCCACCAACGGUGCACUGGCCGUCCCCCAGAUGAAUUACGAAGAAGAGCAUGCAUCUCCAGCCUUUUAUUCUCCGCAGGAAGAGGCAGAAUAUACCGCGAGGUUCUAUCGCAUUGUGGAGGAGGGACAACCCGACUGUUUGAUGACAGCAAUGACAGACCCACGGUCGGCGGGGCUGGUUGGGUCGCUACCCCAGACAACCUUCCUCGAGGCGCUCCACCGACUCUCCCCGGCCCAUUUUGUGGAGCCCUUCCGCGACCUCCACCACCCGUUACAUACUUGGACGACCCUCCUCGAAGGCCUCAAGCGACUUGAAGUGCAUUUUGAUGACUUUACGACCAAUUUGCUCACAAUUGUCGGUUACCGAGCUCCCGUGCAGCCCUUGCAGCUGGCAGAGUACACCCACCUUUUAGACUGUGCUCGGUCAAUGGGGAAUGCGCCUUUUGCGAAAGAAAUCUGGGAGUCAAUGCAGAGGCGGGAAGUCGCCCCAAAUACAGCAUGUUACAACCACUACAUGGAGGCACUGGUCUGGGACCACUGCUACAGUGGAGCUGAAGCAUAUAACCUCCGAGUCACUCCGCACUCUUAUCGUAAACGUCGCAAGGGGACCGCCAGCUCAGUUGGAUGGCGAGGUUUUGGCACCGGGAAUCCAAAUAGUGUUCGCUACGCUAUUCUGGAAAUCUUUCAGACCAUGCUACGAGAAGGACACUUGCCGGAUGAGCGCACCUACAUCAACAUUCUUAUUGCAGGCGCCCGGGUCGGUCACAACAAAGGGAUGCGUCUUGUUCUCAAAACAGUAUGGAAUAUCGACAUGAAGGCAAUCAGAGCCGAAGGAGACUCGUCAAAGUUACCACCUCUCACCCCGUACGACCCAUGGUCCGCACUGUAUCCGACUGAGAAUCUUCUCUUUGCGAUCGCCCACGCUUUCGGCACCAACAACGAUAUCCCUAGUGCGAUACGGGUCAUACAACAUAUCUCGUCCACCUACAAUGUUCCAAUCACAGAAAAAGUGUGGACAGAGCUUCUGAAGCGCGCAUAUAUCUUGUGCAGAGCAAAGAUGAAAGAUAACGACUCCGAAAAUGCCAAAUUUGCAGGCACAGUUGGGCGCGUACCUAUGGAUCUGGUUCAGUCUCUGUUCGGCGUCCUAACCUCCGCGCCAUACAACUUCACCCCGAGUCUUCAGUCGUGUCGAUACAUGUUGAACAUCAGCAUGCACAAUGGUAAUCUGGAAGAAUGCAAGAUGAUCCUUCGGGGCUCGUACAAGGUCUUACAGGAGGCGAGGAAAAAGCAAGCAGAGGCCCGAAAGGCCGUGUUGAGACUUUUGCUGCCACUGAUGGAAGCUGCUGAAGAACGAGUAACUUUUGGUCAUCCCAUUGAGGAGGACUUCUUUGCGUGUCCUACGCUCGCCGAUGCGAUUCAGGCCUACGAUCUUCUUCGGCUAGAAGAAUUCCAAAAGGCUUACCAGCUCAGGCGUUGCUGUUGGUCGGUAUUAAAGGCCAAGGGCUGGAAUGACACCCCAGACCACGUAUGGCGAACACAGGAGAUACCGAAGAUUCUGGAAGAAUGGGAAGAUUUUCUACCAGACACGAAGAAUGUCAAUCUGGGCGAAGAUUCCGGGAUAUUCACUAUUGAAGGCAAAACGAGGUUAAGUUCACGCAACUGGAAUCACGAUUCUCGGAGAAUCCCGGUACGACGACUAGCCAACAAGACGAAGCUGUUCGUUCCAGCGGAGCCACGUCGCCUAGCGGAGAAUACGAUCUGGUUCCAUGUUCGCCAGCUGUAUCCCUCUUCCGAUAGAAAAUCGGACUAUCUCAAGAGGCUCUUCUGGUGGCAGGUGCCUCGAGAUCCCGAGUUACAGGAGACUAUCACCACGCUACGCAAUACUUGGACUGAAUACCCCGAUGACUCACCUUGGGGUCCUAAGAACCGCCCUGCCGCCGGUUUCUAUGGUCGUCUUGCAGCGUUAGGUAUGCUGAAGACUGAAUCACGGGGCAUUUACUAUCUCAGCGAAGGGAGCUUGGUUUGA